AUGUCUGAUACGGAUGUUUACCGGCCGAAAAGAGUACUCCGCUUCGCCUUUGUCUUCGCCCGACAGGUGGGCAUCGUGGGGCGGACGGGGGCGGGCAAAUCCUCCCUCACUCUGGCGUUGUUCCGGCUGAUCGAGGCGUCAGCGGGAGAAAUCGCCAUCGACAAGGUCAAUAUCGCUGAUGUUGGCCUGCAUGACUUGAGGGGUCGAGUCAGCAUUAUUCCGCAGGACCCGGUUCUCUUCAGCGGAACUCUGCGCCUCAACCUAGACCCGCUCGACCGCUGCUCCGACGCCGAGGUGUGGCGCGCGCUCGAACUCGCCCACCUCGCCUCCUACGUUCGCGCCCAGCCCGCGGGCCUCCUGCACCCGGUGGACGAGGAGGGCGCCAACUUCAGCGUCGGCCAGAGGCAGCUGGUGUGCCUCGCCCGCGCCCUCCUGAGGAACUCCCGCAUUCUGGUGCUGGACGAGGCCACGGCCGCCAUUGACCUGGAGACGGACGACCUGAUCCAGGCCACCAUCAGGUCGCAGUUCGCGCACUGCACCGUCCUCACCAUCGCGCAUCGACUCAACACCAUCAUGGAUAGUGACAGAGUGUUAGUCUUAGACCAGGGAAGCGUUGCGGAAUUCGACACUCCUGCGCGUCUUCUGGCUAACUCGCACUCCGUUUUCUAUGGGAUGGCUAAGGACGCGGGACUAGUGUAGAGUUGCUCUUGAAAACUGAAUAAAUAGUUUGUUAAUAAUGGUU